CCAGAAGAGGGCAUUCCGCUUCUGCCUGACAAAGUUGCUUUGACAUGCAGACGUGAUUAACGGCGGCGUCAUGCUGUAUUUCAAACCCAGCAGCAGCGAGAGGGAAGGGAACGAUUGAGCAGGGAAAAAAAAAAGAAAAGAAGAGGGGGAUGUUUGGAUGACUUUCCCGAGAGACUCGUUGACAGCGCUUCACACUCACUUGGGAAUAAACCUGCUGCUUACUUUCUUUCGGCGUGCCACGCAGAACACAGACGAAGAAGGUCUUUUACCAGAAAUAUUUAUGGGAACUAACGGCCUGCUUUUUUAUACCACGCUGACGCUUGUGUGAAGUUCCAGACGGGAUUUUCGCGGAAUUUCCGUGCGCAUGUAAGACUGACAUGACUUACUUGGAUGUGAUAUUGUUACCGUCUGCGCCAGCUGCAGUUCUCUUUCUGGCUGUUACUUAAAAAAAAAAGAAAAAGAAAAGAAAAGAAGCUGAUUCUUCGCUCUGCUUCUGAGACAUGGAUAGAGAGUUCUGAAGCCGGAUUUUGCCAGCCUUUAAUCUGGAGUCGGGAAGUAAAUGACAUUCUCUGCGGUUCGCUGGGACGGGAAUAGGUGCAGAGCUAAACCGGAUAAAGCAUCGCAGGUCCGGGAGAGUGAAAAAGGGCAGGUGCGCUUUGGAAUCAGCGACUGCGCGGAGAGAGCGGACCGGUGGAUUAGGACGGUACCUGCGUGUGCUGUGGAGAGCGCAUCAUGCGGACUCGGAUGUCGCGCACAAUGAGCCAUUAAAACCUGUAGGCUGGAGCGAAAACAGAUAAGCGGAUAUGGGCUCUGCUCUGCAGCGUCGCUGGCUAUUGUUCCAACUCCUGAUGCAGGUGUGGCUAGCGGCAAAUCCAUCUCUAAGUGAUCGCCACUGCCCUAAGAGUUGUCGCUGUGAUGGAAAAAUUGUCUACUGUGAGUCAAGCGCCUUUCGUGAUGUCCCCAAGAACCUUUCAGGAGGCUGUGAGGGCCUGUCGCUGCGGUACAACAGCCUCUCCAGUCUCCGCGCAGGACAGUUUGUUGGCCUCAACCAUCUUAUUUGGCUGUACUUGGACCAUAAUUACAUUGCCUCUGUGGAUGCAAUGGCAUUCCAGGGGGUCCGCAGGCUUAAAGAACUGAUAUUAAGUUCGAACAAGAUCACAUCGCUCCAUAAUACAACAUUUCAUCCUGUCCCUAAUUUGCGAAAUUUGGACUUGUCAUACAAUAAACUGCAAGCCUUGCAACUUGGCCAAUUCCAAGGGUUACGUAAACUUCUUAGUCUUCACAUACGAUCUAAUUCACUAAAAACUCUCCCAAUGCGUCUUUUUCAAGAUUGCAGAAAUCUUGAAUUCCUUGAUCUUGGUUACAAUCGCCUCCGGAGUAUCACCCGAAAUGCACUUUCUGGACUUGUCAAACUCACCGAGUUGCAUUUGGAGCACAAUCAGUUCUCCAAGAUCAAUUUUUCCCAUUUUCCUCGACUCUACAAUCUACGGGCUCUUUACCUGCAGUGGAAUCGCAUUCGGUCAAUGAGCCAGGGCUUGACUUGGACCUGGGCCUCUGUCCAGAAACUGGAUCUGUCAGGGAAUGAACUGACAGAAGUAGAUCCCGUAGUUUACCAAUGCUUACCAAACCUGCAGACUCUCAACCUGGACUCUAAUAAGCUGACAAAUGUUUCUCAGGAGGUUGUUGAUGCUUGGAUCUCACUGACCAUGAUUAGUUUAGCAGGAAAUGUUUGGGACUGUAGCCCUGCCAUCUGUCCUCUUGUGGCUUGGCUGAGAAACUUUAGAGGGGCAAAAGAGACCACAAUGAUUUGUGCCUCUCCCAAGAAAGCUCAAGGAGAGAAAGUGAUGGAUGCGAUUGAAGCAUUUGGGGUUUGCCAAUCCAACCAAGGGCCAGUGAUCACAGUGGACAUUACUCCAAACCUAUCCAGUGUCCCUGUACAGACAGAACAUAACCCAUCUGUUCUGGCUUUGACAACUAGCUCGGGAAAGAGAUCUGAGGGCUCUCUUUGGGGUCCUACUUCAUUGGCAGUUACCCCACCUGUUGCACUUCCUCCAGAGCAAGAUUUAGAGCCCGUCUCCUUCCAUAAGAUUGUGGCUGGAAGUGUUGCCCUGUUUCUGUCCGUUGCGAUGAUCCUCUUGGUAAUUUAUGUGUCCUGGAAGCGCUACCCUAACAGCGUGAAGCAGCUCCAGGAGCACUCUGCUGCGGCUCGCAAGCGUCGCAAGAAACCCCGAGAGACGGAGCGCACCCUUAGCUCCCCUCUGCAGGAGUACUAUGUGGACUACAAGCCCAACAAUUCUGAGGCCAUGGAUGUGCUCGUCAAUGGAACUGGACCGUGCACCUACACCAUCUCAGGCUCCCGAGAAUGCGAGGUAUGACACACUACUAACACUACGCUCAAAUUAAUA